AUGUCGCCUCUGAAGAAUAUCAAAAAACUCAGAGGCUUGCAAGGCAGAUUGGCUUACAUACAGAGAUUCAUAUCUAAUCUCUCGGGAUGCUGCCAAUCCUUCUCCAAACUCAUGAAGAAGGGAGUAUCUUUCGUGUGGGAUGGAGAUUGUCAGAAAGCAUUUGAAGAGAUCAAGAAAUACUUCACUCAACCACCCAUCCUUGUGGCUCCGAUAUCAGGAAAACCGUUCCUGCUAUACGUGAGGGCUAUAGAUCAUUCUCUUGGGGCAUUAUUGGCCCAAAAUAAUGACCAAGGACAAAAACAAGUCAUCUACUACUUAAGUAGGACCAUGAUAGGAGCUGAACAUCAUAAAUCCUUUGAGAGUCCUGAUGACGAACCCAUUAUCUCUGAAUUAUCGGUUGGCAAAAUGGAAAUCCUCCUAUCCCAAUAUGACAUGCAAUUCAUGCCCCAAAAAGCUGUUAAAGGUCAAGCAUUAGCGAACUUCUUAGCCGAUCAUCCAGUGCUAGGAACGUCUAAGCUUUAUGAAGAAUUGCCCGACGAAGUUGCCGAAGCUUGCGUAACUCAAGAGAUUAUGCAAGUAUGGAAGUUAUUCUUUGAUGGUGCAUCCAGAGCAAAUCCUCAUGGAGCAAUUACUACAGGAGUGAGGGUCGUACUUGUUUCACCGAACGGUCAUGUGAUCCCAAGAGGAUUUUCCUUGAUUGAGCCCUGCACCAACAAUGUAGCUGAGUAUAACACGCUGCUGUUAGGAAUGCAGUUUGUCGAGGAACUUAAUAUUCGGCAUCUCGAGGCUUACGUGCUAAAGCAAGCCAAGAAGUUCAAAGGAUUCUUCAUUGGAUAUAUUUUACGAGCUCAGAAUGCUUAUGCAGACGCCUUAGCCUCGCUGGCAACCUCACUAGCGUUGCCCCCAGGGUCGAAACCAUGA